AAACUCACUUUUUCUAGUUUUUCUCUUCUUUUUAGCUCAAAAGAAAUCAAAAGAGACGCACAGAGAGAGAUCCAUGGAGGGUCUUCAAAGAUCAACAAUCUCCUUCCGCCGUCAAGGAUCUUCCGGUAUAGUUUUUGACGAUCGUCUCAUCGCCGAGCUCAACAAAUCAGGAGGCAACGAGCAGAAAGACGAUAGUCAACGCGACGAACAACCUAAGCCUAUGUCGGAAAGCUCAGAACAGGUCAAACCAAUCGCCGGCGGCGAUGAGAAAGACAAGCUCAGACCGAUUAAAACCGGUGGAGGAACACCUGGAGGAAUUGAGAGGAGUCGAUCUAACGGCGGAGGAGCUCAACGACAUCACAGAACAACCGGAAGAGUGUCUCCGGCAGUGGACCCGCCGUCUCCAAGAAUUUCGUCAUGCGGUUGUUGCUCUGCGUUUGGGAAGAAUCCGCCGGGGAAGAAGGUUAAUCCGAGGAAAAGGCCGCCGAAACGUAGAUCGAGGUAGGCGUCAGGGUCAUAAAUUUAUGAGAACAAA